AUUUGUUUCAACAUUAGUUCUGGGCUGCCAUUCAUUUUAGAAUACGACAUUUUGUUUGCAUUUCCCGUUAAAAGUUUAUAAAAAGUGAUUAAUAAAAAGUUAAUUUUAUCGUGAACAUAAUCGCCAAUAUAUCUGUACUGAUAGCGAUCAUAAGAAUAAAUUUGUAUAUCAAGUGUAUUUUCUCUACAUAUGCAUGUAUCAGCAGCAAUACGACACAUUCAACAUUUAACUUACUUAUAAUUAGAUUUUGUUGUGUUUAGUGAACUUUGAUCACACAAUUUUAGUUGGAAUAUUGUGCUAUUUGUUCUAGCUUUCAUAAAAUGGAAAAAAAUAUGUUGAUAACAAUAGUAAUCAAUCAGUAAUAGAAUAAUUACAUAGCGUUUGGCAUAAAUGAGACCAAGUAUUUCAAAUUGGAAGAUUAUAAACAAACAAACAAAAACAACACAAAUUAAUUGUGAAGAAACACAUAAGUGCACAUAAUGCCACAGAGUAUAGGAAAUAAUAGUAUGACAACUAAUUUCCCAUAUCCAACAAACUCAAAUCGUCAUCAUCAGCCUCAUCUUAGUAAUGGAUUUUAUAACAACAAUAUCCGUAGCAGUAACAAACAAGUGGCUAGACUUGAUAGUGGAUUUUCGAAUUCUCCUGUGGAUAUUGAUGAUACUGAAAUGGAUGUUACAUCCGAUAACAGUAGUCGAUCCCUGUCACAUUGCCAAAGUGCCUGCUCAUAUGGCUCAUCAACAAUUGAUGAACAUGAUGAUUUAAAUGCCAAAGAUGAUGAUAUGACAUUUUGCAUGUCGAACUAUGCAAAGGAAGCUUUAAAAAUGAUGUUUAUGAUGCGUUCCCACAAUAUGCUCACCGAUGUGAUACUCGAAGUGAAACAAGAGCUUUUCCCAGCACAUAAAGUUGUCUUGUCGGCAGCAUCGCCAUAUUUCAAAGCCAUGUUUACAGGAGGUCUAAAGGAGACCGAAAUGUCUCGUGUUCAAUUACAAGGGGUAUGUCCGACAGCUAUGGGUCGCAUUAUAUAUUUUAUGUACACAGGACAUAUACGGGUGACCGAGGUGACAGUUUGCCAGUUGCUGCCAGCAGCAACUAUGUUCCAAGUGCCAAAUGUUAUUGAUGCCUGCUGUGCCUUUCUAGAACGACAAUUGGACCCAACAAAUGCGAUUGGAAUAGCAAGCUUUGCAGAACAACACGGCUGCACUGAACUCCAGAAGAAGGCCAAUCAUUUUAUAGAACGCCAUUUUACACAGGUAUGCCAAGAGGAAGAGUUUCUACAGUUGUCUGCAUAUCAAUUGAUUGCAUUGAUUCGUCGCGACGAACUAAAUGUACAGGGUGAAAGAGAAGUUUAUAAUGCCGUCCUAAAGUGGGUAAAAUUUGACGAGGAGAAUCGUUAUCCAAAAAUGGAACACAUUCUGUUUUCGGUUCGUUGUCAAUUUCUCACACCCACAUUCCUUCGCGAGCAAAUGAAAAACUGUGAUGUUUUGCGCAAAGUACCUGCUUGUCGUGAGUACUUGGCAAAGAUUUUUAAAGACUUGACUCUGCACAAACGGCCGGUUGUAAAGGAACGUAAACCAAAUACAACCCGCAUGAUAUUUGUUGCCGGUGGAUUUUUUCGCCAGUCUCUAGAUAUUUUAGAGGCCUACAAUGUUGACGAUAAAACAUGGACAACAUUGCGCAGUUUGCGAAUACCGCGUUCAGGUUUGGGUGCGGCAUUUCUCAAAGGUGUAUUUUAUGCUGUAGGUGGAAGAAACAAUUCAAUUGGAUCGUCUUAUGACUCGGAUUGGGUUGAUCGCUACAACGCAUUGACUGAACAUUGGAGGCCGUGUGCUCCGAUGACGGUGCCUCGACACCGUGUUGGUGUUGCUGUUAUGGAUGAACUCAUGUAUGCAGUGGGCGGAUCGGCUGGCUCAGAAUAUCAUAACACAGUUGAAUAUUACGAUCCAGAACUGGAUCGUUGGUUUCCAAUUCAACCAAUGCACGCUAAGCGACUGGGCGUUGGUGUGGUUGUGGUAAAUCGUCUUCUUUAUGCAGUCGGUGGCUUUAAUGGAACAGAGCGUCUGGCUUCUGUUGAACGCUAUCAUCCGGAAAACAAUGCAUGGAGUUUUAUUCCACCCAUGACUUGUGGUCGCAGUGGAGCCGGUGUAGCUGCAAUAAAUCAAUACAUCUAUGUGGUGGGAGGUUUCGAUGGUACACGACAACUAUCGUCCGUGGAACGCUUCGAUACAGAAAAUCAAGUUUGGGACCAUGUGGCUCCCAUUAAAAUUGCCCGUAGUGCAUUGUCGUUAACAUCACUUGACGGAAAACUAUAUGCAAUUGGUGGUUUUGAUGGAACAAACUUUCUUUCAAUAGUCGAAGUUUACGAUCCGAAAACCAAUUCAUGGGAACAAGGUACUCCGCUAAGUUCGGGACGAUCAGGUCAUGCAUCGGCCGUUAUUUAUCAGCCUUCGUGUGUUAAUAAUUUCAUGGAUUGCAUUGAAGACGACGGCCAAAAGCGUGAUGGUAGUGGUCCGGGUAGUAAUGACAGUCGAUCCGAUGAUAACUCAAGCGACCAACCCAGUGGAAGUCGAACGGACGGUUCAUUAGGUGGAAGCUCAUCGUUUGUUAGCUUUCAAACAUCCUUCGGAAGCAGUGGAUGUCGAAAUUGCGAAACUGAAGUAGUACCCACUUCAAAGGAAAAAGAAAUUCCCACAAACAGUGAGAAGAAGGCAAACGACCAAUUAUCAUCAUUAUCUUCAAUAAAAGACAUUCCUCAUAGAAAGCGCCGUAGUCGUUGGUGCAAGAAAAUGUGUGAAAUUAGAACCGAAGAAUCAAAUGCAACAAUAGAAUCACCAAUUAUGCCGUAUUUAGAGCAACCAUUAUUAUCAUCUCCGUUCGAAAGUAGCGAUAUUGAAAAUUCCCAUACUCUGGUUAAUAAUUACGUUAACAACUCCAACGAUAAUAGCAAUACGAAUGCAAAUAACACAACAGCACUUCCUUCUCCAAAUGCUAAAAGAAAAUGCCAAUUCAAAUCGAAAUGCCUCAUCGAAGUCAUACGCAAAUGCAAUGCUCGCAAUAUCGUUCAAGAAUAUCUGAACUCAUUGCUAGAGAAACAUUCCAAAAAGUUUGUAACGUUAUCAUGAUUGUAAGCGUUUGCAGUAAUACAACUGUUUUUUACAUAUUUAAGACAUUGACUAGGUUAGUUACACAAACAACAUUCACAGAUUCAUACUUCGUCACCUAAAACAAAAAAGACCACAAAAUAUUUAAUAUGAACUCGUAAAAUGCAAAUUUUUCCAAAAAUAUUACACAAUUAUAUUCAUGUUUUCUUAAGUUAUCUUAAUAUGCACAUACAUAUAUUCUAUUUGUCUUACGAUAUGUUGUUAAUUGAGAAAAUUUUACUAAUAACAUGAGACAAAUUAUAAUUUUAUGGUUUUAUAUGCUUUUAGUGGACGACUUACUUUACUACAUACACACGUAUAAUCCUAUUCAUAAAAUAAUGUAUAUUAUACCUAAGUGUUCUCAAAGUCUGGUGUUAUAUAUAGAAUUACAAAUUAAAUACAAAAGCGGAAUUCAUUUUUUAUUGUAAACUACGAUUGCAAAUCUUGCAAUAAUUAGCUAGUCUAGCAUAAAUACAGCUGUGCACUACAGCAAAAAUUCAGAAACUGUGAUUUACUACACUGGACGUAAUUUACUGAAAGACAAACAUUAUAUUCAUAAUAAGAAUAUCCAUAUUCACUUUUCAUAGUAAACUAAUUUUACAAAAUGAUACAACCACAACAACAAAAUAUAUGAAACUGUGUUUUGCUAAUGAUUAUUGAAAAACAAAUAAUUAAAUUAACCAAAUAAGACAUAAGCAAAAAAAAGGACGAUGGAAUUUCUAAUUUAUCGUCUGAUUAUCGUCACAAAAAUUAAAAAGAAAAUAAAUUGAAACGAAUAAACUUUAGGGACAAUAGAAAAGAAAUACAUAUCAUGAUUUUGGAUAUUGAAAAAGGUUGUUCCUCUGAUCAAAUCGUGAAUUGCAUAUUUACAUCACGGAACUUACGCAAAAUUACAACGUAAUUACGUUGUUGCGAUUAUACGAAAGAUCGCAUUUUCAUGAAUUACUUUACUAUGAAAAGUGAAAUUUCCGCUAUAGAUUUUUAUUCAAUUCCAACUGAUUAAUUUUACAACAUUGUAAAUCGUCGCUGAAAUUAAGCCAUUAUCUAUCUCUUUUGGUUCAGAAUUUAUGUGUAAUUUUAUACGACUUUGUUUUGUUUUUGGCUCUUCACGAUAGUUGUUGAAAAACACAGCUGUGUAACUUGUUUUGUAGGUGCCAGAUUUAUAUUACAAAACUCACUUGAAUUUUCUGCACUACUCUUGACUCAGAGCGCAAUAAACGCUGUACAUUUUUUAUUGAAUUUAAAUUUAAACACUUGAAGUAUUAAAAAUAUUGGAAGUGUUGCCCAUGUCAAAAUUAUAAUAAUAAUGGCUAUGUGCAGUUUCUAACGUAAUCAGUGUAAUCAAUUGCAGUGUAAAUUAUCUUUAUAAGUUCAUUCCAAUAUAAAUAGUUAUCCUACAUUAGUAAUUUUCACUUCUAAGCUUUUACUCAAAUGGGUCUAUCAUGGAUGGCAACCGAACUAAAGUUGCGCUGUCAGUUUCCAAAAUGGUAUUACAGAUUGCAAAUGACAGCUAUCAUUUUCUGUUCAACGCAACUGAAGUUCGGUUACUAUCCACUAUCGACCCAUAAUUUUAUACACUUUCACUGACAUAUGUUCUGAUUUAAUCUAAAUUGAAAGAAUAGUUUACUUUGGAAUAUUAACACGUUUGUAUGUAUUUUCUUUUGUAUAUAUUAGUUAUUUUAUUUUAUAAAAUUAUUUGUAUUUUUUUAAUAAUUAUUAUUACGCAUUAAACUUGUAGCUGUAUAUAAUAAUAAUUGCUUACAAACUUCUUUGUUUACGUGGUCGUGGUGGAUUCCAUGAUACAGGGGUAUUAUCAGUUAUUGAUAUAAUGUUUAAACCGCUCAUUUGUAAUCCCUUAAUGGCAGACUGAAAAAAAUAAAUAAUAAUGAUACGAUGAUAAAUUAGCACAAA